AUGUGGGGUGAAAUUGAACCUCCUGUUAAACUACAACGUCAGUCGUCUGAUAAAUGUGCAAAGGACGACCAAGGCACAAUACUAGAGGAUCCGGUGGUAGUACCUUGUAUUCCCUAUAUUGACUAUCCGAAACCACCGCAAGAUACACAGUUGUUGCAAGAUAGUCCAACUGAUGUCACCACUGAUGUCCAUGCCUUGUUGGAGGCUGUAGUUGCCAGUGGAACCCAAGUGAAGAGUCAACAAAUAGGAGAUGCUGAAUUGACACCCGAGGAACGUAGAAAGGAGCUACUGCAUCAGUACAGGAGCAAACCACUAGUCUUCUUGGAGCGCUACCAUAGAUGCCUGAAGCCCAUCCAUCUUCAAGCUUUUGUACAUGUCAGUACCGACCCACGGGCUCAGCACUACAGCGAAGUGAUCCAGAGGCAAGCGUCAGGAGGCACACACAAGACGCAAGUUCGAAACCAGCGUUAUGCUGCACUCAGAGCCCUGCAGAAAGAGGGUCAGUAUUUCAGUGACGAACAGAUGCGAACGAGGCAGCCGCUGCUAUAUGAACACUAUAUUGGACAGUACCUAACUGAUGACGAGGUGAUAGAGCGCUCUCAAGAGGCCAUGUUGGAUGGUGCGCCAAAAAGUACAGCCGCAUCUCAGGGUGCUACAGGAGGGCUGGCAAACCUCCUCCUCAACUCCUACCAAGAGCGUCUUAUCCAGACUCGUCUACAAGAGGAGCAGGAUAAAGAGGAUGGCGCAGAGGAGGAGGAGGAGGAUGAUGAUGAUGCAGAGGAUGAAGAAGACAAAGUUCAAGAAAAGACUUGGGAGCCGACCUCUGAAGAGAAAGCACUUCUUCGGGAGGAGUUUAUCAGUCAAAUGCACCAACGCUUUCUUGAUGGCAAAGACACGGACUUCAACUACAGCGAAGUGGACGAGAAUCCAGAUUAUGACAACCUUGACAUCGUCAACAGAGACGCAGAGGAAAAGUACUUUGAUGAAGAUGAUGAGGAAGAAGAUGAACCAAUGACAGAGUAG